ACUUUUUUGCUUUUUUGUAUUGUUCGAGUACCGCGAGUUGACUAUCGUUUCAGCGGCAUGGCGUCUACUGGUUCCAAGAAAAGAGUAUGCUACUACUACGACGGCGAUGUGGGGAACUACUACUAUGGACAAGGUCACCCAAUGAAACCACAUCGGAUACGCAUGACACACAACCUCAUCCUCAACUAUGGGCUGUACCGCAAGAUGGAAAUCUAUAGGCCCCAUAAAGCUGUGAUGGAGGAGAUGACUAAGUACCACAGUGACGACUACAUCAAGUUUCUGCGCACCAUCAGACCAGACAACAUGUCUGAAUAUACCAAACAGAUGCAGAGAUUUAAUGUUGGGGAAGAUUGUCCCGUCUUUGACGGGCUCUAUGAGUUCUGUCAGCUUUCCGGUGGCGGCUCAGUAGCCGGAGCAGUAAAGCUGAACAAACAACAGACAGACAUUGCCAUUAACUGGGCAGGUGGUCUCCAUCACGCAAAGAAGUCUGAGGCAUCUGGGUUCUGCUAUGUGAAUGAUAUAGUGCUGGCCAUUCUGGAACUUCUGAAAUACCACCAACGUGUCCUGUACAUUGACAUUGAUAUACACCACGGUGACGGUGUAGAGGAAGCAUUCUACACAACAGACAGAGUCAUGACGGUAUCAUUCCACAAGUAUGGGGAGUACUUCCCUGGAACAGGCGAUCUCAGAGACAUUGGUGCUGGCAAGGGCAAAUACUACGCUGUCAACUUUCCUCUUCGAGACGGGAUAGAUGAUGAGUCAUAUGAGCAGAUUUUCAAACCUAUAAUGUCCAAGGUGAUGGAGAUGUAUCGGCCCAGUGCUGUUGUUUUACAGUGUGGUGCAGACUCACUCUCAGGGGACAGGCUCGGUUGCUUCAACCUCACCUUGAAAGGUCAUGCCAAGUGUGUGGAGUUCAUGAAGCAGUACAACCUUCCAUUGCUGCUCCUUGGCGGCGGUGGCUACACUAUACGCAAUGUUGCACGCUGCUGGACCUAUGAGACUGCCACUGCCCUGGGAGUAGAAAUUGCAAACGAGUUACCUUACAAUGAUUACUUUGAGUAUUUUGGACCGGACUUCAAACUGCACAUCAGCCCGUCUAACAUGACCAACCAGAACACUGGCGAUUACAUGGAGAAAAUCAAGACGAGACUAUACGAGAACAUGCGCAUGAUACCCCACGCGCCCGGCGUCCAGAUCCAACCGAUCUUGGAAGACGCCAUCCGCGACGAAAGCGACAAUGAGGAAGACGAGCAUCCCGACAAACGCAUCUCCAUCAUGUCGCGGGACAAACGCAUCGCCUGCGACGAGGAGUUCUCGGACAGUGAGGAUGAAGGGGAGGGAGGCCGGCGUGACAUCAGGAUGCAUCGACGCAAGAGGCAACGACCCGCUCAAGACAUGCAGGCUAAAGAUGCCGCUGAGAAAAGUGCAGAGGCUCGGAAGGAGAAAGAAGAAGCCGCUAUUAAGGAGAAGGCAGCAGCGAGUGCUGCUGCCAAUGCAGAGCCUAUGGAGACAUCAACCCCUGAGCCACCUGCCAAAGGACCUGAGCCAGAGAAACCCGCAGCAGAUUCUCAGAAGCCUGCUGAGAUUAAAGAGGAGAAACCUUCAGCCCCUGCGAAAACAGAGCCUGCCCCUGCCAAGGAAGUUGCAGAAGCACCUAAGGCUGCCCCAAGUGCCCAAACCACUCCACCUCCUACAGUCCCAAUCCAGUCUACAGAGGAGAAGAUGGAACACUGAAAGUUUACAGAGUUAGUCGACCAUUAUAAAGGGUGUUGUAAUAUAAUCCUGCUGUGGUGUCAUUUAAAUGCACUUCAAAUUCACUUUACAAGUAAAGUUGAGGUUGUACACGGGGUACAUUGCAGGUGUUGGUUGGAAAUUGGUUUUUGCUCAGCUCUCUUAUUGAAACAAGACUGGGCAGAGCUGAUAGACCUUUAUCGUGCUGCCACCGUUUCAGUCAUGUUCCCUGUAUCCAAUAUCAGUAUUGAAUGAUAAUGAUUUUUGUGCGAAAAGGAACCAAACUAUUUUUCCUUCCAGCCACGCUUUGGUAAACGUUGAUUUGAAUGGGGAAAAAUCAAGAUGGCCGCAACAUGAUAAUGGUCUAUUCAGCUGUUUCCAUGAGCAUGCAAAAUUCUCUUCAGUUGUUCAGAAUGGCUGUUCACUGGGGGUCUAUUCUUGCAUCUGUUCUAUACAGUGGGCCAGAUUUAGCCCAUUUAUUGGCGUUGCGGGGUAAUCUUAUACGAUAACACUGCCCAACUCGAGAAUUCAUUAUGUUCGUCAAUUUUUGCUUCAGCAGUAAACAUCUCUUUCAAUCCAUCACAAGUUGUUUGUAUGUGU